CACCAAAUCAAAAUUAACCGAUUACUGUUAUUGUGAUAAUUAUUAUGAUAAUGUUUCAAAAUAGUUUGAAUCACUAAUGCGCAAAGAUGUCAGAGAAAAACAAGAGACCGUUUUUCAGCUUGAAAAGGUGGAACAGCCAGAGGAAUAACAUAGAAGAAAAUGGGUUGUCCUUAACCACACCAACCACCCCGCAACCGCAACCAAUAUACAAGCAAACCCAACCAACCAGAUCGGUUAAUUUUGUAUUUACCGAAACGAAACCAAGAAAAUGGUCAGCUGGUGGAAUCAAGGAUUUAGUGCAAUGUGCCUUAUGCUUAGAGGUGCUACAGAAGCCAAAGAUGUUACCAUGUCAGCAUACUUUUUGCUACAACUGCCUCAAAGUUUACGUUGCAGAUUUGCCAGUCAUUGAAUGUCCGCUAUGCCGUACUAAAAUCCAAGUGCAUGGUUCAAAUUACAUAGAGGAACUACCCUCAAAUCUGUACAUUGACACACUACUGCAGAUGGUUGGUAUAAGCAACGGGAAACCAACCAAACCAGAAACACCACCAGUCACCCCAAACGGUACGGGCAUGCAGAGCGUUGACUUGAUCGCUGGUGGCCUGAGAUGCUCUCACUGCAAGACCAUGUAUGAUACCAUUGAGGUUAAGCACUGCGAUCAUUGUAAAUUGAGGUUCUGCCAAAUAUGCUGGUCAAAUCAUCUCGAGGAUAUGCGAACGCAAAUAAGUUCCAUCAUCAAGCAAUUGGAUUCUGCUGGCGAUCGUCUUGAGCACAAAAUAGAACAUUUUAAGGAUCGCUGUGAACGCAUCAUCGAACAAAUCAAUAAUGCAGCUGAAGAAAAAAUUAAUUCAAUCCUAGAAACAAAGAUGGAGUUGCUUACCGAAGCGUCUCAAAUACAGAAGACUGGUGACUUUUCUGGACUAGCGUUGCGGUCAUCAUUGAAGGAAGCUAGAGAGGUUGCUAAUAAUACCAUGGCACAGAAUAACCAAUAUUCUGAUGAUGAGCAGGUAUUAAUUUUCAUGAACCUCCAUCAAAACACCAUACAACUACUGACAGAUAUAUCAAAAUGGGAUGCUGGCAGUGUUGUGUUUGAUAAAGAAAACUUUAGGAUCGAGUCCGAUAAUUCCACUCCGUGUGACGCUGAAUCGGACGAUCCUGUGCCAGAGGGUGCUAAAGAAUACGAUCCAAUGGAGAGUGAAGCCAGUCUUAUACUUCAUUACAGGUCCCGCAACUUCGUCCCGCACUACAUCUGGAGGAAGACCUCCAGGCCUGGUGGUAUCGGCGUCAGUCCCUGGAACAACCACCUCUACAUCUGCGGCAUGGACAGUCAUAGCGUCAUCGUGGUGGAACGCUCCCAGGCCAAGAUCGUCACCAGGUUGUCCUGUGAUGAAAUGCUGUGUCCUGUCAACAUCGCCUUCAUGAAGAGUUUGGGAGAGAUUUAUGUCACAGAUAAAUGGAAGCACUGCAUACACGUGUUCUCCAAGGAAGGAGAAUUCAUCCGAUCUAUCGGACAGAAGGGAAGCCGCGUGGGCAUGUUUAGAUCACCAGAGGGGAUCGCCACAGACAACGCGCAACAUCUUAUAUACGUGGUGGACACUGGAAAUGAUAGAGUGCAGGUAAUCCAACCAGAUGGUAAAUAUGUGGAUCAAUUCGGGGUAGCCAUGAGGCAUCAAACGUCACAGGCAUCGAGCGUUUGGGAGACCAAACAGGUUUUAUGCACCGAACUGAACGCUCCUACAUCUGUAGCCGUGACCAACGACCGAGUAAUCAUACUGGACAGUGGAAACCGUCGCGUUAAAGUCUACAAUAAACAGGAUAAGAACAAAAUCGCCGAAUUUGGAUCCUUGGGUAAUAGGAAAGGGCAGUUCAGACAACCAGAAGUCCUAGCAGUGGAUCCUAUGGGAUUUAUCCUUGUGGGAGAUUCAGGGAACUGCCGAGUCCAGGUCUUCAAACCCAAUGGACAGUUGGUGAGAGUUUUUGGACGCUUAGGCACAGAACCGGGCAAGUUUGGCUGGAUUUCUGGUAUUCAUGUGACCAAACAACUAGAUGUGAUAGUCAGUGAUACCAAAAACCACAGCGUCAACUUCUUUUAAAACAACAAACUUCAACGUAACCAUAUUUAUUGUUAAACUUAAGUAAAAAUAAAUACAAUAUCACAAGAAAACUUGCUUUUUAA